UCUCACUUUGAUGAUACUUAUCCUUGUCCUCCAGAAUCCACAUAUUUAAACCCCUCAAUCCAUCGAACCGUCGAUCCAACUUCGCCAUCAUCAUGUCGUCCGGUCUGAACGCUGCCAACAGGAAUAGCACCCCUGAAGGGUCUAGCUCUCUCCGUCCUCCCAACAGCCGCAGCGCCAUCGGCGCUGGUCACCACUUGCGGGCCUCCGCCGACAUGGGUGGCUUCUCCUCUCCUCUCACGAAUCGUGGCCUUCGUCCCAAUUCCGAGAUCUACUUUGGACGGAACAACACCAACUCUGGCAACCCGGACGAAAUGGAACGUGCUGCUCAGCAAUGGCUUGCAGACAUUGACCAGUACGAGGUCACUCUCGAGGAGAUGGCUACGGCCACCUUGGACCAGGACUUCAAGGACGAAUUGAGCGCCAUCGAACAAUGGUUCCGCGUACUGAGCGAGGCUGAGAGGACCGCUGCUUUGUACGCUCUGCUUCAGCAGACCACUCAGGUGCAGAUUCGCUUCUUCAUCCAGGUUCUGCAGCAGAUGUCCAAGAGCCUGCCCAUGUCGGGUGUCUUAUCUCCAGCCAAUUUUGGCGAGAAGGAUCCAAUGACUCAAAAGUUGACCGACGCCAUGAGCAAAUUGACUGCGGGAGACCGCAGCUCUGUAGGAAUUGGCCGCCCACCUCCGUCCCCUGGUGCUAAGCGCAAUUCCGGCCUGGACACUACGAUGAUCAACCGCAUGUUCCCAGACGCUGCUGCUGCCAUCGCCAAGCAGAAGGCCGAGUUCACCGACAUCACAGGCCUGGCACCGGCAUCCAAUCGCAACAGCACGGUAGGAGACCGCAGCUCUUUGGUUGCCCCGAUCAUCUCAGCCCCCGAUGAGAACAACAGGAAGGAAAACGCUGCACCACUCUCACCGUGGAAUGAAGGCCAGCGUCCUAAGUCUUCGGGUCAACACCAGCCUAUGGGUCAGUUCUCUCAGCCUCCUCCCUCCGCAGGCUUGCGCUCACCUCGCCUGCCUCUCUCUGGCGAUGGCGGCAAUGUACAACAAACCACACUUAAUGCUCCGGAUCCAAAUGCUGCCAACAUGCCAAUGCUUUCCCCAUCCUAUGCCCCAGGUGGCAGCUGGGCUUCGCAAUUGAGCACGCCAAUGGUAGGCAAUUUUGGCCAACAAUCGGCCACGCAGGCCGAUAUGGUCGCCAAUGCUACGGCCAUGAAAUUGGCUGCUCUUUCUACCGUUAACAACCGUAUCCAACUUGACGAUGUCAAGAAGUACCGCCGAGCUCGGUCCUCAGAGGGUGGAGCUGGAAAUGUUCCCCUUUCUCCAGGUCUUGUUCUCACCCCACAGCAAGCAGCCGCUCUGCAGGCUCAACAGCUCGCCGUUAUGCAAGGUCAUCGUUCGCGCCCUAACUCCCCCGGUAUCGCCAUGCAGGGACAGGGUCUCGGCGCUAUGAACUUCGCAUCACCCCAGAACAACGGCUUCUUAGCGGCGGACUACGGAUCUUCUCCUCUCAUGAACAAUGGCCUGGCCGGGUUGACUCUCAGCCAGUUCGGCCUCGGCGUACCCGGUGAAUCUCAUCCUGGCUAUCUCUCCGACCACGGUGAGAUCAACCGGGGAAGGUCUCCAAGGGGUCGACGUGGCUCAUCCAAGCCUCCGGAGGACCCUACUGAUCCCACCCUCCUCCAAGACAUCCCAAGCUGGCUUAGGAGUCUCCGUCUACACAAGUACACCGACAACCUGAAAGACCUAAAAUGGCACGAAUUGAUCGAGCUGGAUGAUGAGGGUCUUGAGAAGCGCGGUGUCAACGCACUGGGUGCACGACGAAAAAUGUUAAAGGUCUUCGAACAGGUCAAAGAGGCCAAGGAUGCAGGCAAGCUGAAAUAAGCAUGCCGUGCUGGAAUCCUAUUUUCCGACAACAUAGUUUGCACAUUAGAUAAUGAUUUCGGAUCGACGCAUCGUAGCCGGUCACAGGUGUCCACUACUUCUACCGAUUCUCCACGUCUGUAUUCUUUAUCCAGCGAGGGUUAGACGCAAAUGGAACAGGGACAGGAGGGCGUUAGUCUCUGGACGAGAGGAACACCUUUGGAUGUCGAAUGACAUGUUAUGCAUAUAUGCUCUAAAUUUGCUUAUUUUAUUCCAUGCUCGUUAGUUACGGGGGUUGCUGGUAGCGAAGAGGAAGAUAAUGACGAAAAUUCGAUAGUU